GUGAAGGCAGGGGGCAGCGCAGUACCCUCCGGUUCUGGAUUCAGCCCUGCAUCGGUGUGUCCGGUUGUGUUGGAGGCCAUGACCCGCUUUCCUCGCGAUGCCGGCGUACAACGAGUCGCAUGCAGUGUACUGAGAGGCAUCGUCGUGACUGACGGCGGCUGCACAGUAGUGGCGGAUGCUGGCGGAGCUGCGCGUGCAGUAGAUGCCAUGAAAGCCCACCUGGUCGACCCGGAGGUGUGCCGCAUGGGUGCAGCAGUUCUCUACGCAAUGGUCCAGAAAACGGAUCCGGCUUCCCCCGAAAGGCUGAUGAUGCGCACCACGAAGGCCCACCAGGUACUUGCCGAGGCUCUGCAGUACCACCCGACCGACCGAGCGCUCGACCGAGCAUGUCGCGUGACCAUGCCAGAGUUGAAAGGCUGA